AUGUCGCCCUCAUGGAUGCUCGGCUCGGCGUUCUCUAUGCUUCUGUCUACCAUCGUGGCUCUCGAUUUCCCUGCCUACCCUGGGCUCCGCCUCAAUCAGUCUAGAGCAGGUGUCCUUGAGGUGGCUUUUAACAAUCCUCCUGUCAAUGUCUGGGGUCUGGAAACUAUCGAUGGCUUGACUGAUAUUGUCGAGAGACUUCGUAACGAUACGGACACAAAAGUUGUUCUCUUCACAAGCGAUAUCGCCGGCUUUUUCGUCAACCACUUGGAUCUUCUGAUCACCCCUUUCGGGGCGGGCAGAAGCAAUUUCCUACCCCGUCUGAUUGGCCGCGGUCGUGCUAUGGAGUACAUUCUCAGUGGUAACGACAUCGGUGCUGUGGAAGCAGCAGAGAUUGGAUGGAUCAACAAAGCUUUUGAAUUCACUCCGGAAAUGUAUAGCCAUAUUGACGCUCUUAUCUCUCGUUUUGUAUUGUUCUCUCUUCCAGCUAUUGGUCUUGCCAAGCAAUCAAUCAAUGCCGCUACGAAGCCGACACUCAUCGAACUCAAGGCGGACGCAGAUAGAUUCUUACAAACAUUGAGCAACCCCGAUGUUCCAGUAUUGAUCGGCAAAGCACUAGCAUUGGCUCAAAAUCAGACAGAUACUUUCGCGGAAAACUUUUUUGGAGAAGUCAUUCCUCAGUUGUACUCUUAG